AUCCUCUAUUUUCUCGGUGAAAGGGUUGUUGAACAUUUUACAACUUUUCCUAUGUCAUGCAAAUGAAAUUGUCAUCAAACCUGGGAAGCCGAUGUGGAAUCUAACAAUGAUCUGGAACGGGUUUUGAUCCGUUAUAAGGCCUGCUGGGAUAAGCCCCACCACUUAAAUCAAUUCAGUAUAUUGCUCAAGCUCAACAAACAAGCUUAAAUCCCUCAAAACUGGUUGUUCUGUAUGUUGGAGGCGCUCUUUGCAGGAUGUUUGGGUACUGCAGUCCCAGGUUUGAAUUCUCUAGUAUUCACAAUUUUUUCUUGGUAAUCAGUUUCCUACUGAUUUCUACUUGUAGCAGUUUAUUUCGCCAACCUCUGCAGUCGUGGUCACUGCCUCUCUCUUUGAAUACAUGGCUUUCGAGGAAAUUCUAGUACUGGGCAAAAGGGAGAAUGGACAGUUUUUGUUAGAACAUCUGGUUUCUACCGUUAGUGGUAAUGUGUAAAAAGUAUACCUGCAAAGUGAAACAGUCAUGUUCUCAUCUGUUAGACUAUUUGAUAAGGUGGUCUUGUAUCCAAACAAUUGCAUUUUUAUGAUCAGUUUGGGGAUUUUUAGAAAAUGUAAGAACCUAUCUCUUCAACCAUUCUUUGCAUUAUGCCAGGGCCAUAUUAAUCAUAAAAGGUCAUAUGAAUAAGAAAAUUUUAAAAAAUGAAUCAAUUGUCCAAUUUUUGCCAUGGCACUGCCAAGCCAAAUGCAAUAGAUGCUUACAAUCUUUGACCCAAAAUCUUGAAGGAACCAUUUUGCCCUUAGGACCCUUUACUAGCAAAAAUGAGUUGCAGGGUCUUAUAUGUUUUUCAGUGGAGGUAUCUCAUAUUCAGACCAAGUCUAGUGAAAAAUCUAGAAAAUCUUACCUUUUGAUCAAUGAAUGUAUGCUCUUGGCUCUAGUUCAAGUAAAGUUUACCUCUCUGUUGGGGUUGUUCAGGAAAUUUUAGACUUCAUGAUAUAUAGACAGCAAAUGUAAUAUACUUAAUAGUUGUGAAUGUAAUAGGGUAGCAAAGAUGUUAUUAUCAAUGAAAAUGAAACCAGUCUUGGAAAGGAAGCAAAAUCAAGCUCCAGGUUGCCAAGGAAAAAAGUAGAAAAGAAAUUGGCAGUAGAAAUUUGAGUGGAUAUUAUGUUGGAUUUGGAAAUGUCUUAAAGAUCAUGCCAUGGAAAUACUGUUAUGAGUUGAAAUUUUUGAAAGAAUGUGUUAUUGGAAAUUCUGGGAAGAUUUCAAAGUGGCAGUUGUUUUCCAUCAUUGUGUUUGGUUGUAUUUCUGCUGGUGGUUAUGAUGUCAAUAGCCUUUGCUUGUUUAAUGAGAGAGCUGGUGCAUGCCACUAUGGUGUUGGAAUUGGUAUCAUUGCAUUCUUGGGCUGCAUUGCAUUCCUAGCCUUAGAUGUACAGUUUGAAUCCAUUGAAAACCCUGAUACAAAGAAGUACAUUGUUUUGGGCGACCUAGCUUUCUCUGCACUCUGGUGCUUCUUGUGGUUCAUUGGUUUUUGCUAUCUUGCGGAUAUGUGGAGGAAGGCAGACAAGCAUCCUUUCAGUACUUCUCAGCGUAACAAUUGCCAAGCUGCUAUUACUUUCUCAUUUUUCUCCAUCAUCACAUGGGCUGGUCUUAGUGUUAUGGCAUUCAGGAAGUAUCGUCAGCUCUUGACAGAGUUUGAAUAUUCCAGGGAUAAUCUGUCUGGAGAUUCCUAUUCAUCACCAUAUGCAUCAUUUCCAACUGCUCAAGAUCAAGGAGAUCCUUAUCAGGCAAAACCAUUCUCUGAACCACCAGCUGAUAGUUUUAAUGGUGAAGAUGGUGCUGACAAGUUUUCUCCUCCACCAUACUAACUGCAGUACACUCUUCUUCAUAUGUCAUGUUGUAUGGUUUGAUAAGGAUUUUCACUGAACUAAAGAUUAAAUAACCACUCUUUACUCCCAUGAGUGACCAAGACAGAUUUCUCCUUACUACAUCAACACAAUAUCAAGCAGACAAGUAGUAAGAAUAGAGAAAAAUACCUACUAGGGGGUUAUUAGUUUUCCAUUACUGAAUUUUCCAAACUAACAUCAUAAGAAUUGUAUGGCAGAUAGUUAGGAGAAUUACUAAUGAGAUCUUGGGAGCAAAAUGGAGUUAAAAGCUGUGAAAUAUGUUUAAAAUGUUUUUUCCAACCUCGAUUGUCCACUUCAUUUGUAGAGCAACCAUAUUUACAGGUGGGAAUGUAGCAUACACCAAUUCCUAACAAAUACUGAAAUUUUUCAGUUUGACUCAUCACUGAUUAAUUUCUUGCCUGUGGUGGUACUUUAAUUGAUAAUUCAUUCUACUUCCUUGUUUCCUUAUAUUCAGACUAAUAUGUCUUAGCUACUGUUAUUUACUUUUGAUUACCAAUUUUAGUUUAAACUGGAGAGUGGUUGAUCAUUUCUGAUAAAAAGAUAAAAAUUUUAGUCUCUUAAAAAGAAAACCUUUUUUUUGUCAAUAAGCAAUUCAGAGAAAGCUGCUAUUGAUUAAUUUUGUGUGACUACAUGUUCUGUUACAAAUACCCUGCAGCUGUUUUACAUUUGCUGAAUGCUACUGAAUGAUAUGACAAGCAUCACCUAGUGGCUGUUGCUUAAUCAGUGUAAGUCAUAGUUUAAAAAUGUAAACUUGUUAUCUGUAAGUCUUCUUAUUUUGUGCAUGUGGAUCUUGUGAGUGGCCUUACCCAUGACAUGAUUUUAAUUACUUAGUCAUUAUCAUUUUAGGAUAUGAUUAUAAUGAAAUAAAGGUGAAAGCAAGGAG